AUGUCAGCCGUCCUCGGUGACAAGGACGUCAACGCCGUCAUGGACCAGCAAAACGCCGCCAAGGACGUUAAGAGCAUGGAGUACCACCGCCAGGUAUUCCAGUCCAAGAUGGCUGCUGAGACGACCAAGCAAUAUGUUUCUCCGUCGGAUAAUAUCAUGAGCCCUUGUACGGCCAAGAUUAACGCUUUGCGAAAUAAGCACGCCAGCAAGGCCAAGCCCAAGUCUCUCUUUGCCCAGGCGAGUGUUAAGAAACUCAAUGGCGAGAAUUCGCUCGGCGCCCGGUCCAUCCAGCAGUGA